AUGCAGCCCUCUUUUGAUCCUCAGUUAUCUGCCAAAUGUCACAACAAGAUCUUGGAGUACGCAUGGAUUGGUGCCGGUCGAGAUCUAUCUUCCCUUUCGUCAGAGACAUGGUGGGAGAAUUCUUCCCCGGUGUCAUUCGACCUCGCUUCCCGCCUAAGUCCUAAACUCAUUCAGUUUCUACGCUUAGCCAAAUCCGUUCCUUUUUCACACCCUGAUUUCCAUUUCUUCUACUUUCUUCGCGGGCUGCAGGAGAGUCGUGAUCUUCUUCGAUUCUCCAUUCUGGACACAUGGGGAGAUCGGUUUGUGUGGCUUUAUCCAGCCACAUGCUCCACGGAUGAGGAUGAAGUCGGGAUUUUGUUCGACCAGGAAACUGAACUCGCUGCCUUCUUUCCAACCUGGGAAGAUGUGAGUUAUGCUGAAAAGCCAUGGCCGUGGAGGCCUUUACAGCACAUUCUUCAGGCUUAUCUUGAAAUGAUCGAUGAAGGCAAAGUGACAACAUCUUCAGAGCUGGAAAAUACAUUACCAGAACAGUUCUACCCCUGGAAGAUCCAUCACUACACUCGGCGGGAUCUUGAAAAGGCCGUCGCUGCUUUCACUCGUCUUCUCGAUGCAAUUGAAUCCCGACUGCCCCCAACCACUAGUAAUGAAGAAAUCAGACUUCCAUACUCAGACUUAAUGAUAGAUGAUUCGAUGCCUACAGAGCAUUCGUUUAUCCGAUCUUUUCUCUUGGCCGUUCCUCCCCGCCGCAUAAAGUUUCACUAUAUAGCUCCAGGGAUACGGAUACAACCCCAAGCUGAGUUUGUAUCGCAACCAUUCACUAAGCCUCAUGAUGAUUUUCAGAUGCUCAGUGAACUUGAAAAGCCAGCCCUUCUAUUUCGAGCAGAUGGGACAAAUUACUCACCCUGGACACGGCCGUGGUUUCUAGAUGGGGUUACGCGGGUGAUUCCCGCUGGCUUGUACAUUGAGGCCACACUCUAUUAUCUACCGAAUAGCUUUGGGAACGAGAGCCGAUUGCUACUACCGUUUGGUAUUGGUGCUAAGCAAUAUGCACGCAGCAGUAAUGGUGUUCCCUUGUCCCAUUUCUCUUCAACUUCUGCUCCAGAUGUAUCCUGCGAGCUAUAUCAGGUAUAUCAGUUCAGUGGAUUUUUGCCAACAACGGUACGGUGUGUGCAGCUUCAUAAGGUAUUGCUGAACUGGGUGGACCGCGUUGAAUCGGGUGAUUGGGACGUGAAUGAGGAUGGGGUUGCAGGGGGAAUUGAAAAGUUCAAAGAGGCUGACACUCUGGAGCAUUGGCAGAAGUAUCAGGUUCCGCAAUCUUGGUAG